AACACCCCCGCCCCAUUGCGGCGGCCGCGGAGGGAGCCGUAAGGCGGAGACGCCCCCGCCCCGGUUGGCACCGGGUGCCCAUCCGGCAGGAGGAUGGCGCACGUGGGCCACAAGGUCGAUUACCUGGCUGGGUUCUGCUGCCCGGUGGGGGGGCUGGCUGCGGGCAAGCCCCGAGUGCUGUGCCACGAGAACGAGAUCUACCUCUCCAACGGCAGCGAGUUCGUCUAUGUGUAUGACCAGGAAGGGAAGGUGCUGCAGGCCAUCUAUAGGUUUCCUGAUCAAGUUUGGCACGUGGAACUCCUCCCCCUUCAUAGGAAGCUCUACAUCCUGUGUGCCGGAACCGGCAUUUACUGUGUAUCCCUGGACCAGCAGAGCAGGUUAAUGAAGCAGACUGAUGGCGAUGGCAAAGAGGACGCUUGCCCUUCCAGCGUCUUCCCCGUAGACUCCGAUGCCUGCAUCGUCCCAGACGUCACGCUGUGCACUUUCACACUGCUGAACGACGUUCUCGUCACCCUGUCCCAGGCUCAGGGCCAGUGGUGGAUGAAACUCCACGUGCUCCUGGACCCUGAUCAGGAGAGCCAGCCAUGUCGGCAAAUCAGUCAAGUGGGAUUCUCCACCUGCGACCAAACCGGAGACGACGGGGAUGCUCUGUCCUCGCACUUCCUUCCUGUCUUGUGCUGUGCGUCCGCACCAGGCACAGCUGGGCCCGGGGAGAGUCUGUGGUGCUCAGGGGGGUUCACGCUGGAGGAGCCCCUCUUCAGCCUGCUCUUUGGCAUAGACGCUGCCAUGCUCGACUCUCCCAUGAUUCUCUGUGGCUUCCCGGACGGGCAGCUGUGCUGUGUGCCGCUGAAGGCCCUCAGUUCUUCUGGAGCUGUAGAUGCCUGCAGUGAGGUUGCAGGCCAGGCUCCGCCUGUGAAGAUCCUUCACCAUUUGGAAGAACCUGUUGUCUUCAUUGGAGCCUUGAGAACAGAACACAAAGCCCCUGACGAUCCCGGUGACGAGCAGCUGUUUGGAGACUCAGGCUGCGACUGUGUGGUGGUGGUCGGGCACUACGGCAAGAUGGUGGCCAUGAAGGCAGAGCGGGGAGAAGAGGCCAAGGUCCCAGAGGUCAGGGAGUACUACCUGCAAGGGCCCAUCCUGUGCGCUGCCUGUGGUGGCGGCAGCCGAAUGUAUUACAGCACGCAUUCGGACAUCUCCGCAGUCGACCUGGAUUGGGUCAGCAACGCUUCCGACCCCGAGAGCAUAGAUAACACUGCAUAUGUCCUGCCUCCCGUUCUGUCUCCAGCCAGUUUAAGUAUCUGUAGCGUUGUGGCGCUUUCCUUGUCUUCUCGGGCCUCAGAAGGUGACUCGGAGCUGUUGGCUCUGUCUGCUAAAGGCCGACUGAUGAGCUGUGACUUGUGCAGUCCUGAUGACGCCCAUCCCGUCAGGCUGACCCCAGAAAAAGCUGGCCAAAGGAUAAAGGAACUGCUGUCUGGGAUAGGCAACGUCUCGGAGAGAGUUUCUUUCCUGAAAAAGGCGGUGGACCAGAAGAACCGAGCGCUGACGAGCCUGAACCAGGUGAUGAAUGUGAGUGCUGCCUUACUGUCCAACCAAGAUGGCCGGAAGCCCGUCACUUGCACUGUUACCGCCAGCUGGAGCCGCCUGCUGCUUCGAGAUACCUGGACCAUCUCCUGCGUGUUGGAGAACUUGAGCGAAUGCAGCCUGGAGCAAGGCUGGACCCUCUGCGUUCAGCUGUUCACGAGCUCCUGUGCCUUCGACGAAGACUCUGCUGACUCGGCCACCACGUUCACCUUUCCAAUCGACCAGCUCCUGCCUGGGAGCAAGAGGGAGGUGACGCUGCCGCUUGGCACAGCCGAAGGCACCAAGUUGGAGCUACCUCUGACCGUCUCCUGUGCUCUCUUCUACAGCCUGCGAGAGAUUCUGGACAGUGCAUCGGACUCCUAUGAGUCACUGGACGACCUGCUUCCUGAUGACUCUCCUGGCCUCUCCCCAGACAAAGAAGGGAUCUGCCUGCCCCUGAGCAAAUGCACCAUCGACAUCUUGCAGUGCCUUCGUCUGGAUGACAGCACAGUGCCUGGAGCCCCUCCUUCCAUCGCCACCCUGUCAGACCCGGUGGAGACCUUCCUGAAAGUAUCCAGGGUGCAGUCUGACCCCAGCAGCGUGGAAGUCAGUGACCAGCUGCUUCCCAAGGCACCGGAUGCCCUAGGAGAUGAGUAUCUACCCCCAUCAGUGGCUUCUAUCAAGGUGUCAUCGGAGCUGCUGAAAAAUGCAUUGAAGAGCGUCUGUGAAGGAGCCCCGCUCUGCUGCGCUGCUCUGCAGUGGCUGCUGGCGGAGAAUGCUGCGGCUGCGGCACUCAGGAGCCAGGAUGUGUCGGCAGUGCGGGGCCUGGCCCCACGUGGAGGCGAGGUGCAGCUGCUCGUCCGAGAGGCAAGGAAUGGGUUAGCUCUGCAGGGCAACAGCCCCCGCCCGCUCCCCACCAAGAGCUGGCUUCUGCCCCAGGGUCCUGGGACCAGCCAGUGGCAAGCUGGGGGCCUGGCUCUGCCUGUGGAGACCUGCAGGGAACCACUGCGGUGGGGAGGGAAGGAAGGGUCUAGGUCCCUUCAUCUCUCAGGGCUUGACAAAGCCCAGGAUCAGCUCCUCCCCCUCACAGACUCCAUGCUACCCCCGUUGGGAACGUCCCCUGGGGCUGGGUGCCCAAGCCCACGGGCAUCCAGGGGCUGCACUCGGGGGGGGUCAGUGAAAAGCCGCAUGGCCCUGGCUGCAUUGCCGGGUUUGGAGAUCUGGCUGCUUCCCCUGCCUUUGCCCCCCAGGUUCUUCAAAGGCUUGUGCUGCCCCCUGCUGUCUAUGGGACUGGGGGCGGCCAGGGGUCAGCUGAGUUCCUCACUUCUCAGAGCCGAAGGGGACACAGCCCUUGUCCAGGGGAUUGUCCUGUGGGUAAGGAAUGAGAGGAGGAGCCAGUUCCCGGCCCUGCUCUCUCUGCCUCUGUUCAGCCACGCGUCAGGUCUGUCAAUGGCCUUAUCUGGCCCUCGUCCCCGUGGUGCUUGCGCUGCCCAGCCCUGCCAGGUAGGUGGGCACCUUGGCCAAGCUUAUGCAGGUGCAUGGCAGAGCAGGGCACUGUUCAGGUCCCAGUGUGAUGCCUUAAAAUCCACGACCUCCUUUCUGCCUGUGGGGCUGACGAGCGUCCGAGGCUACGUCCCUCCGUGCCUGAGGAGUGCAGACACCAGGCACCGAGCGUGAACGGAGCCAGCGGCUCUGGGAGGGCUGCCUUCCCCCGGCGCUUCCCUCCCCAGGCUGGCUGCUGUUGCCAAGGCUAGUGUGAAUAAGGACUUCUCUCCGGCUCCGCCCAGCUGCUCCUUCCCGGCCCUACUGAGUUGCCAUAACUUGGCAGUGAUGGCCCUGAUUCGGCUGCCGGAUCCAUGGGGCUGGGAAGCAGCAAAGCUUUGCUUUUAACUGCUUGUCUCUUUGCUCAUCUGGCUCGCUGUGAUUUGCUACUUCUGCGUAGUGAGGGGAAAUGUGCCUGGAUGCUGGUUUAAGUCUGAUCUGCUUCGGCUUUUCCCUUAAUGCGAAAAUCCCUCUCUAAGUGCAAAAGAAAAAGACUAAUUGCGAAGCGGCUCUCCUGCCACGGCCGGUUAACCCUCCGGCGAGAGAGCCCCAGCUGGCCGUGUGCUGGCAAUGACCUGGUUCAGGUUGCUUCAUGCACGAGAGCGUUAAUAUUGCCAAUGUGAUUAGUGCCAGCGUUAAUUCUGCUCAGGCUAAGCCUCCCGGAUUAAAUCCUUUGGGGACUGGCCAUCGAAUCAUCCCCGUACGCUGCCGGACAAGGCUGGAGCCUGCUGUCCUCCUGCAGUACUGCCGCUUCUGGGUUCCAGUCCAAAUGCCAUGAGUUUGAUGGGUCUCUGCACUUAUCUAGGCCCCCGAGUAGUCUCAGUUCAGGAGACCAAAUGACCUUUUACUUCUAAGGUUGUUGGUUGGGCCAGGGCAGCCUGGCUGGGGGAAUCGUCCCCCUCUUCUGCUGCCGUUCCCUUUACUGUCACGAGCCUGGAGGUGUUCCUAGUACAGAUGAGCGAUGGACGGGGAGGGGCAAGGAAUGGAUGCCCCAU